AUGGGGUCGUUACCAAGCGAUAGAAUUCAUCCGAGUCGAGCCUACACAAUCACUGGCGUCGAUUUUGCCGGUCCUAUAACGACUCUAGUUAACAAGGGACGUGGACGCAAGACGAACAAGUCCUACAUUGGUUUAUUUGUAUGUUUUUCAACCAAAGCCAUUCAUUUGGAAGCCACAAGCGAGUUGACAACCGCUGCAUUCGUCGCAUCCCUGAGACGAUUCAUCGGUCGACGAGGAAAGCCACGCACCCUGUACAGCGACAAUGGUACAAACUUCAUCGGAGCAAAUCGCGAAUUGAGAGAAGUUUAUCAGUUCGUUCGUGCAGAAGUAGAGACUGGCAUCGGUGACAUGUUUGCAAACGAAAACAUCGAGUGGAAAUUCAUUCCCCCCGACUCUCCACACAUGGGAGGACUAUGGGAAGCAGGGGUAAAAUCUUGCAAGUACCACCUCAAGCGAAUUAUGGGCAACGUUCUAUUCACCUUUGAGGAACUGGCUACAGCGCUCAGUCAAAUAGAGGCGUGCUUGAACUCGAGGCCGCUAUCUUCAAUGUCUGCGGAUCCAAUGGAUUUACAACCCAUCACGCCAGCGCACUUUUUAAUAGGAGAAGCAUUGACGAGUUUGCCUGACGUUAAUGUAACGACAAUUCCGCUGAACCGUUUAGACAGGUGGCAGAUGAUUCAGCGAUGUUUAAAAUCAGCAGCGUGUAUUAAAAAUUUGGCCCAAUGUUGGGCCUAG